UGUGCGAUUUUACGUGCUCCUGUGUGCAUUAAGGACGACAUCGGACAUCCAGGAUGCAAGCCAUCAAGUGCGUGGUCGUCGGCGACGGUGCGGUGGGUAAAACAUGUUUGCUGAUAAGUUACACCACUAAUGCGUUUCCUGGAGAAUACAUUCCAACUGUAUUUGACAAUUAUUCUGCGAACGUGAUGGUUGAUGGGAAGCCGAUUAAUCUUGGCCUGUGGGACACAGCAGGGCAGGAGGAUUACGAUAGACUGCGGCCACUAUCCUAUCCACAAACCGACGUCUUUCUAAUCUGCUUCUCAUUAGUAAACCCAGCGAGUUUUGAGAACGUGCGUGCUAAGUGGUAUCCGGAAGUACGUCAUCAUUGUCCUGCUACGCCGAUUAUUUUAGUUGGCACCAAACUCGAUCUUCGCGAGGAUAAAGAGACCAUCGAACGUUUGAAAGACAAAAAACUAGCUCCCAUUACUUAUCCUCAGGGUUUGGCAAUGGCAAAGGAGAUUGGUGCUGUCAAAUAUUUGGAAUGUUCUGCUUUGACGCAGAAAGGCUUGAAAACUGUGUUUGACGAGGCGAUACGCGCCGUACUAUGCCCCGUUCUGCAAGUGAAGCCAAAGCGCAGAUGUUUCCUUCUAUAAUAUUAAAUGUAUCCCUCUUUGCACGUUGGUACUGGAAUGUGUUAAAGUGUCUCGUCGUCUUAUCUCCAGUGUACCAAGCACGAGUUGAAUCUAUCGGGCAAGUUACCGACUAUUUGGAACCCCAGGUUGUACCAGCCUAUGUCAGCAAAGGCGAACAUUUGCCAGCAUAUAAACGCAUAUAAACGCACAAACAUCGGUUCAGUAUAAAUUUCCAGCGAGCAAAACAAAAGAGGGUUCACAAAGAAUCAUGUAUUUGAGAUAUAAAUUCACUUUUAUGUGGCCUCCAGCAUCCUAAAGGAAAGAAAAUUAAGAAGGUUUUCUGCUGUCUACGCGAAUAACGCUUCCAGUCUAGACAGUCUGAUCACACUAUAGGGCUAUAAGCGCGAAUCGACUGGAUGUUCUAAGCGAAAGGAAUGUAAAAGAAGCCAAAAUAACUGAACUAACUACUGUACAGUAUACUAGAGUACGUUAUUAAUACUAUAAUAAUUAUAUAAUGAAUGGUAAAAGAAAAAAAAGCAAAUAUUACCAUAUAACUGUAUAAGCGUCCAAACACUGACCGUAUAUAUUGAUCAAUUUAAUCAAAGAGGAAAACCAUUUUAUGCUAUUUGCCAUUGUACAUUUUAGGUAGGACACGUAUAGUUAACGCAUUUAAAAUGGGGGAAAAGAAAGAAAAAAUGUAGUUGUUUUCCUGAUUGCAAAGGAUUUCAAUGUGCAUCAAGAUAUACAUUCAGAAAGAAAAAGAAAAUAUUUUUUAGAAAUAUAUCCGUAGAAUACAUGGCAAACCUGUUUGGACGAUAUUCAUAUAGAUGUCAUUAUAAAUGUGAAUAACGGUAACUCCAUGCAUAUACACAUUUCUCCAAGUACUUAGAACAACCAUAAGUAUUUCUUUUGAUUCCGAACAUUUCUCAACAUAAUAUAUGUUAUCGAAAACUCUAGCGAAGCUUUGACUCGAAUUGCUUUCAAAGAGAAUUCGUUAGCUUCCGAAAAACACUCAACUGUUCGUAAAAUCUUAGAUUUAUUUGAGAAAUUGUAUAUAAAAUCUAAUUGAAGGCGCUAGAUAUGCAUAUCGAAUGCCAUUCAAUAUUUACUGUGCACGUCCUAUAUUUAAUUCUGUUCGUAAUGCAAUAAUUUAACAAUAUUUUGCGCUUUUCGAGAGUGAGUUCGACGAUUCUGAAAAGAUAAUCACAAUAGACGGAAAAAAGUAAAAAAAAAUAUAUAUAUAUAUAUAUUUUCCAAGCGGAAUCGUGGUAGCGCAGCGGCCGCAUAACAUGGCUUCCUUCUUCCACUGAAAUUGGUUAACAUUAUCGUAAACGUUACAUACCAAUAAUUUAAGCGAAAGAAAGAUAGCUAACUAUACAAAAGUUCUAGAUGUAUGUGAUAUAAGUAUAAAUGUCAAAUCGAGU